CUUUUUAUUCCAGGAAACAAUUGGCUGUGUGACUGCACCCUCUCUCCCUUUUCCUUAGUCGCAUUUACAUUUAAAGCACAGCUACAUCAGUUUCAUUCAGACAUUCAAAACAAACUAACAAAAUCAAGAAGGCAGUAUGGAUGGAGUCAAGUCCACACAGAAGGUGUUGCAUACUAAGGACCAAAGCUUGAGACACUUGUCGCAGGAGGAAGUUAAAAAACUGAUCCAUCAGUCCGAUGAGGCCAAAAAGUAUUCUUACUCUCCGUACAGCAAAUUCAGAGUGGGAGCUGCACUUUUGACCCUCGACAACCGUGUGUUUACGGGUUGUAACGUGGAGAAUGCAAGUUCCAAUCUGGGAGUGUGUGCUGAAAGGAAUGCUAUUGCAAAAGCAGUGUCAGAAGGCUGCAAAGACUUCAGGGCCAUUGCAAUUGCUAGUGAUUUGAGUGACAAGUUCAUCUCCCCAUGUGGGGGCUGCAGGCAGGUCAUGCGAGAGUUUGGGUGUGACUGGGACGUGUAUCUUACAAAGUCCGACUGCUCAUACAUGAAGAUGACUGUGGCCGAGCUCCUGCCUGGCUCUUUUGGCCCUGAAUACCUGUCCUAGAAGGUUUCCAACAUUUCCAACAACCUCUGAGCUUGUAUUAUAAUGCAAAAAGGUUCACUGAUAGAAGAAAGAUUAGAUGCAAUGUUUGGCUGUAGUAAUGUAGCCUUAAUUUGCUAAAUAUGCUAGAGUUCUCUAAUUGUGAGCUUUGGUUUUUAAGGCGAAUAGUGAUUUAUUUAAAACAAUUAGUAACUGAUGUUUUACAAAUGAAAUUGUGAAUAAGGCAAAUGUGUAACACACAUCUGCUGUAUUUGAAUAGCAUGUUCUUAUAUGUUUCCCAUGUGGAAGGGUGUCUAAGAGAAAUGGAUCUCGUUACUAUACACUAUAAUCCAAUAAAAGUUACAUAUAAAUUUAAAAA